ACGCCGGUCCGGCAGGACGUACAGGGCUGGGAUGACGUAGCAGUGUUAUCGGAAGUUAGAGAGUUGCUGGUUGCUGCUGCUUGUUGUUUUCCACUGAACUCCAUUCAUCCUUCCAUCCGCCGCAGACUGAGGACACACACCGGAACAAAUGGCGAGCACCAUCAGCACCCAGCGGGGACAGGUGUACAUCGGGGAGCUGCCUCAGGACUUCCUGCGGAUCACUCCCACCCAGCAGCAGCAGCAGGUGCACCUGGACGCCCAGGCGGCCCGCCAGCUGCAGUACGGCGGCUCCAUCGGCACCGUGGGCCGCCUCAGCAUCACUGUGGUUCAGGCGAAGCUGGCUAAGAACUACGGCAUGACGCGGAUGGAUCCGUACUGCCGGAUCCGGCUGGGCUACGCCGUCUACGAGACGCCCACCGCGCACAACGGAGCCAAGAACCCGCGCUGGAACAAAGUGAUCCAGUGCACCGUCCCGCCGGGAGUCGACUCCUUCUACCUGGAGAUCUUCGACGAGAGGGCGUUCUCCAUGGACGACAGGAUAGCCUGGACUCACGUCACGAUCCCGGAGAGCCUGCGGGACGGCAGCGUGGUGGACGAGUGGUUCAGCCUGAGCGGCCGGCAGGGAGACGACAAGGAGGGGAUGAUCAACCUGGUCAUGUCCUUCGCUUCGAUGCCAGCAGGGUUGAUGACUCAGCCGGUCGUCCUCAUGCCGUCUGUGUACCAACAGGGUGUCGGAUACGUUCCCAUCGCAGGUGUGCCGGCGGUGUACAACCAGGGCAUGGUGCCCGUGGGGAUGCCGGCGGCGGUGCCGGCGGUGGGCGGCGGCGGCGGCGGCGGCCCGCUGUGCAGCGAGGAGGACCUGAAGGCGCUGCAGGACAUGUUCCCCAACCUGGACCGGGAGGUGGUGCGCACGGUGCUCGAGGCCCAGCAGGGCAACAAGGACGCUGCCAUCAACUCCCUGCUGCAGAUGGCCGAGGAGCUCUAACCACACACACACACACACACACACACACACACACACACACACACACACUCUCUCUCACACACACACACUCACACACAGGCUCAUACCUACACAAACACACAUGGAAGCAUUAUGUACUGUCACAAACACACACACAGACACACACACACAUGCACUUGCCCCGCCCUCCUGCACUUUGUCAGUAAGUCACUGCAGCCAUAUCUGAGCUGAACACUGAACGCAGCCGCUUCGGCCCCGCCGCCACCGCCGCCACGCCUCGCCAUGGAACACAGACUGACGCCGCCGCCGCCGUGACCAAGUCUGACAUCAUGUGACAUCACUCCGACAUCAUGUGACAUCACUCCGACAUCAGCCUCCGCCCCCCUCCAGCUCGUCAUGCCGGCCAGCAGGGGCCCGUCUCUGUGCUGAAAUGCAUUCUGGGAAACGGUUUGGAGCCGGCCUCAGUUUGUAGAGCUUUGAUGUUCCCUUUCAGCGUCACGAUCUUUAUAAAGGGACACUUCACCCAUGAUGCUCUCUGUUUUUGUAUCCAGUCGUCACCGUGCGCCGCCUCCAGUCCCCCCAUGAAGAAACUUUUACCCACAAUUCCUCAUGGUAAACUGAUGUUCCAGAAACGCUGAGUCAUCUCUGAUCCAGAGCUCAAACAGGCUCCAUGCUUUCACAGCCGAGCAGCUGAUUGAUCCUCUGGAGGCGACGGCUGAUAUUUGGGGGUUUUCUGGUGAAGACAGAAACAAGCCAGAUGUGUGUGUGAGUGUGUGUAUGUGUGUGUGUGUGUGUGUGUGUAUGUAGAGUUAGAGAGUAAUUAACAACAGCAACACUUUAUCAAAAGUUCACGCUUGUCAUGUUUUUGGAAGUUUACCAUGAAGGCUUGGGAGUAAAACCUUCUGGAUACAAAUAUCACACAUUAUGGGUGAAGUGUCCCUUUAAAGACGUCGCAGUCUCCGUUCCUAACGUCAGAUUGUGCGGGCGGAGAAGCCGGCGCGGCGCGGUGCCGACUUGCUUCAGGUCCUCAGCUGAGCCCUGACAGCCUGCGUGGAGCUGCUUCUGUUUUCAUACGUCGCUAAAUGUGUAAAUGUAAUCGUAACUUGUAACAUGCAGAAGUCGCUAAAUUAUUCUGAGAGGUCUUAAGAUGUAGAUUUCUAGACAUUUCUUUCUUCGCGAGAAGAGAAACAGACCGGAAUGAACAGCUGAUUUGUGGAGAUUUGUGUGUAAAUAAGACGCAGCCAAAAGAGGCUCAGCAGCAACAGCCUCCGUUUUAUUUUCUUGUGAUUUGCCCUCCAGUGCAGCUUCAGCGGGGAAACUCCAAGACGUCUCUUUUUGCAUGAUUCCAGCAAAAAACGCCCGUGUAAAGUUUUGAUAUCGCUCGUUUUCAAACUGUGGAGUGAGGACGUAAAAACGUGGGAGUUAUGACGUGUUAUCAUUUAAAUCUCAAAGCUGUGGCAGCAUCUUAUUUUCAAAGUAAAAGCCUGCGUCCGAGCUGUCUUUACGUUGAACGCAGCAGCAUGCCGAGCAGCUCUCUGGUUUCUGUCAGCUAAACACAAACAGCUUAACCGUGUCGCACAAACUCUUUUUUUUUUUUUUUUCCUUCCCAGCCGGAGGUCGUAUCCGUCUCUCUCAGACCUGGUGCACUUUUCACAAAACAGGAUUAGUAAGUUUGCCAGAUAACUCACAAAUAGAUCUUUAUCCUACAACGGCGUAUUAGGGCCAUUGUAGGGAAGAAAAAAUUACAGGGGAAAAAAAGUCUGGGAGUCAUGAAUGCUGAUUGGCUGUAAGAAAUCAAAUUGAUGUAAAUUAGAGGAACUUGCCGAACAUGUUGAGGUUUGCUGGCCGCCUUGCUGAGCCUGCUGUGUGAGCCCCGCUGCAGUAAAACAAGCUGUUGAAUGUUGCUGCCUGCCAAAGGUUUGACUUUAACCUGGUUAUUGUCUUUGAUAUAUUGUAUCUGCUUAAAUCUGAAAGAUGUUGCUAUAUCUAUAUUUUUUCCAUGAAGAUCCUGUGCUCUGUAUGGUGUGACUCUAUACUGUAGCUGUUGAGAUUCUUGUUAUAUUACAGUCUUAUUAUUCCUGUGUCACGAGACUCUGGUCUAUUUCAGAUUCUUAAAUUGUUGUACAGCA